AUGGCAAGCGAAAGCUCCAGAAGAGUCACCCCCAAGGUGAACAUACACCUGAACAGCCCGAGGGGGAAAAGGGAAUUGGCAGCAAAGAAGGUCAGGGGCCCCCAAGGGGGCCCCCCAGCAGCAGCAGCAGCAGCAGCAGCAGCAGCAGCAGCAGCAAAGGGCCCUGAGGGCAAGCCAGGGGCCCCCGCCAAGGGGAACCCGCAGGGGGCCCCCGAGGCCAAAGGCAGCAGCAGCAGCAGCAGCAGCAGCAGCAGCAGCAGCACAGGGAAAGCCCCGAAGGGUGGGGAGGCGGCGGAGGCCCCGAAAGGGGACAAGAAGCAAGCAGCAGCAGCAGCAGCAGCGCAGCAGCAGCAAACCAACUCAAGCAGCAGCAAAGCGCCUAAAUCCACGGCCAAAGACAGUGCCAAGCAGCAGCAGCAGCAGCAGCAGCAGCAGCAGCAGCCCGAGGCGCGAAAGAGCCCUGCAGCAGGGACGAAGGAGACAGCAGCAGGAGCCAAGGAAGCAGCAGCAGCAGGAGCCAAAAAAGCAGCAGCAGCAGCAGCAGCAGCAGCAGCAGAGCCGGCAGAAACGAAGGCAGCUGCCAAAGCAGCAGCAGCAGCAAACUUCGUGAAGCCCCCAGCCCUCAAAGCCCCCCUAAAGAUAGCAGCAGCAAAAAAGCAAAACGCAGCAGCAGCAAAAAGCAUCACCAGCCUUAGACAGAGCCGCAGCAAACAGCUGCAACGGACGCAUCGGCAGCAGCAGCAUCAGCUGCAGCAGCAACGGCUGCAGCAGCAACAGCUGCAGCAGCAUCAGCAGCUUCAGCUGCAGCAGCAACAGCUGCAGCAGCAACAGCUGCAGCAGCAACAGCCGCAGCAGCAAAAGCUGCAGCAGCAACAGCAGCAACCGCGCCUCUCCCCAAGCGCGCCAGCAGCAGCAGCAGCAGCAGCAGCAGCAGCAGCAGCAGCAGCAGCAACAGCAGCAGCAGCUCUACGUUUUGGACCCCUUUCUGGCCUCUUAUCUGCUUCUCUGGGACUUUGUUUAAGCGAAAGCCAAGCAAAAGACACAAGAAGCAAAAGCAGCAGCACUGCAGCAGCAGCAGCACUACAGCAGCAGCAGCCAGCAGCCCUGCAGCAGCAGCAGCAGAAUCCCUACAGCAGCAACAGCUCUGCGACAACAGCAGCAACCCUGCAGCAGCAAGAGCCCUGCAGCAGCAGCCCAGCAACAGCAGCCCCCAGCAGCAGCAGCAGCCGUAGCAGCCCUGCAGCAGCAGCAGCAGCCCCCCAGCAGCAGCAGCAGCAGCAGCAGCAGCAGCAAGAUCCUCUUCCGCAGCAGCAGCAGCACUUCUCUCUCCGCUGCAGCCGUUGGGUUUUGAAAAUUAAACCGGAAAUGAAAUUUCUCGGAGAGCAGCAAAAGCCGAAAAGCCAGUUAGUGCAGCAAGGCGAAAGCUCUGGGAUCCGAUCCCCGAAGCGAUCCCGGGACGAUCCCGGACCCCACAACCCCACAGGGGGCUUUAUUUCUACUCCAAGAGUUCCCUUAAAACCACAAAAGCAGAACUGA